ACACUCAAGGGGUCUCCUGCUGACAUUGCUUCAGGUUGCUUUCUCUGCUUCCAUUAGCAGCCAUUCACUUUGAUAGCGCAGACAAGAUCAUGCGCUUCCUUGCUCGACUCCUCAUCUUCGCUUUUCUGGGUUUCAUUUCCCUGUUGUGGUGGAGCCACCUUCUCGGGAGAAACACACCACAGAACCGAGGCAGAUUGGCCAUGGAGAAUGCGGAAGAUAUCCCGCAGACGUUUGACAGUCUCCUGCAUAUUCAGCAGCUCAGGAAAAAAGCGCUGAGGUCCUUCUGCAGCAAAAGAGGUAAAAUCACCCGACUCCCACCUACCCAACAGGAAGCUUCCCAGGCCCUGUCUUCAAUUAUGGUGAACCACAAACUGCAGUUCCUGUAUUGCAAAACCCCAGCCACUGGGGUGGAAGGCUGGGAGCAGCUGUUGGAGAUGCUUCUGGAGAAAAAUGUUAGCCUGCAGGUGCCAAUUCCUCACCGCCAGCAGUUUGGCAGCCCAAAGGCACUGAGUGAGUAUAACCGGACCUCCAUGGAGGCUAUAAUGCAGUCCUACACCAAAGUGAUGUUUGUCAGGGAGCCUUUCCAGAGACUUAUCUCCGCUUACAUGCAUGGGAUGGCAGACGGCCUGAACUUCAAGGAGUUUGUUCAGUACAUCUUAUACAGCGGGUACAGGAAUCACAGCAAGGAGUGGACACCGUCAGUCAGUCUGUGCAGACCGUGCCUCGUGCGGUAUGACUACGUAAUAAUGUUUGGGUUCCUUGACAACGAGGUGCGCCAUUUAAUGCUCCGGGCUGGGCUUCCGGAGAAUAUCCGGAUCCCCGAGUUCAUAGACUCCAAAAUCCGGUGGACCUAUCACUGGCUAGAAGAGCAGAUGCUCAGCCAACUGUCCCUCGGGGAGAGGAAAGGACUGUGCCACUUUUUCCGGUUUGACUAUCACGCAUUUCGCUUUCCCCGCAGCUUGCUCUGGAACCUCACUUGCGUUCCAGGAAGCAGUUAGGGUUGUUUUGACUGGAAGGAACAGAGAAAAGCCUUUACUGUGAUCAAGGACAAAUGCAGCAGAAAUUAGCCUGUCUAGUGACAACCUCUUUUGUAUACAGAAUGGGGAUCUACGUUACUCAUUGGUCAGCAGAGAUUCCUGGUCAGCAUCCAUUUUGCCCGGAGAGCUACUUUGAAAGCAUGAGUGAGAGUGUGCAGCUUCAGCCUGCUAUAGUGAACUCCAUGUAAGUUUUCUUGCCAUAAAUGGCACUUUCCCCAUAUCUCUUGCCUCUAGGUUGGCAACAUGGAACAUGCAGAGCCUCUGAGGGCUGGACUUCACUUACAGGUCUCUGGUUGCUGACCUAAUACAAGUUUCGCAGUGAUGAACAAAAUGAAUGAUGUGCGUAUACUUCUUAGAAAGCAGGUGAUAAAAGUAUUUUUUAUGCUGGUUCUCCUGUGAAUCUUAUGUUUUCUUCACAGGCUGUGUUCUGAUUGUGUUAUUUUCCCACAAUAUAUAAUUUUUUCUUGGUUUGUGGCCAUAAGAAAACCUAAUCCACCCUUCCUUACUGUAUCUGGUAUACCAUUCAAUCUUUUGAGAAC